AUGGGGGUGAGAUCCAGCAAGUUUUUGAGCCAGUUGAUCGCAGCUCAAGGAGUGAAAAGAGUGAAAAUCCCUCGUUUGAUGACACCAAAAGGUUAUGUGCCUGUUUGUGUUGGUGUAGAUGGUGAUACAAAGCGUUAUAUGGUUCAUACGACGUUGCUUCGUCAUACAGAGUUCUUGGAGAUGCUUCAUAGAUCAGCUGAGGAAUUUGGUUUCUACAAUGACGGUGUUUUGAGGAUUCCAUACGAAGCCAAGGAUUUUGAGAAGCACUGGAUGAUCAAAAGAUCCAAACCCAAGAUUUACAAGGUUGAAACAGUUCAAUUAGCCUAUUAG